GCAGUAUGACUAAUAAUGAUGCAGUGUCAUGUGCCAAGGAGUACUAAGAAAAAUUGUAACAAUUGACAAAUAUAACAAAUUAAUCAUGGCAGUUAGGUGUUGAAAUUAAUACUCGUAUUUACAUGCAUGAUGUUGAAUUCAAAGAAAAUUAUGCACUCGAUGAUUGAUUGAGAUAAUAUUAAAUAACAUGACCAUAACCAGUGAAAUAAGCACCUUUUCUACAUUCCUUCCAAACGUUCGUCCUAUAAAUUCCGCUAACGUUGUUCCACUUCUCACCUUCACAACCUACAAACGAAAGGAAAAAAAAAAACUUGUUCAUUGAUAGUUGUAAUACAUCCAUAUAAGAGAAAAUGAAGUCUAAGUUGCAAAUAAAAACGGAAAAAAUCAACCUGCAGGAAAAGGAUGCAUCAGAACCAGUAUCUCCUACCGGACAAUACUUCAACAGCAAAUCACUGUCAGUUUGCAUCCUUGCAGUUCUGGAAUCAGAAGUUCCCGUCGAUGACUCCUGUGCAAUUCCACAACUACGAGAUGUUUUCCUUCCAAUUAACCCGAGAUUUUCUUCUAUUAUGAUAAAUGACAAGAAAGGUGUAAAGCAAUGGAAAAAAGUACAAGUGAACCUUCAAGAUCACCUUAUAAUUCCCAGAUUCCCAGAGGGCGUAUCAGUUGAAUCAUACAACGAAUACUUCGACGAAUAUCUGACAAAAACUAGUUCAGACUUAUUGCCACAAAAUAGACCUUUAUGGGAAGUUCACAUAUUCAAGUACCCAACAAGCAAAGCAGCUGGGCAUAUAAUCUUCAAGCUUCACCAUGCACUUGGUGACGGCUACUCUCUGAUGGGAGCACUUCUUUCCUGCGUAAAAAGAGCAGAUAAUCCUUCUCUUCCGUUAACUUUUCCUACUACUCGAUCAAGCUCAGCAAACAAGAGCAGCAAUUCGACAAGGAUUAUCGAAUGGGUGCCACAAACUAUAUCUGCAAUCUUCAAAGGAGCCUAUGAUUUUGGAUGGAGUAUUCUGAAAAGCACUUACAAUCCUGAUGAUAAGACACCCAUCAGGUCCGGAAAGAGUCAGGGUUUCCAACCAACCAAAAUCUCUACUAUUGAACUAUCCCUAGACCACAUUAAACUAAUCAAAGCAAGAGUAGGAACGACAAUCAAUGACAUUCUUGCAGGCAUAGUUUUCCAUGGAAUUCGAGUAUACAUGCAAGAAAUUGACCCAGAAUCCAGCAUUUCACAAUCUACAGCUUUGGUGCUGCUCAACACUAGGAACAUCACAAGAUAUAUUUCAGUUAAGGAAAUGAAAACAGCAAGUACCAAGAUGUGGGGGAACCAAUUUGCAUUUUUGCAUGUAGCGAUUCCUGAACUAAUUGAUGAUAACUCCUCCAACCCCCUUGAUUUUGUCUAUAAAACACAGCAACAGAUUACGAGGCUCAGAAAUUCACCAGCAGUUUAUCUCACAGCUCAGUGCCUAGAGAUUGAAAGGAAAUGCAAAGGACCUGAGGCAGCAGCUGAACUUAUCUACAAUACAAUGAAUAAAUCAAGCAUGGGAAUGACAAAUAUGAUAGGUCCAAUUGAAAAAGUGGCCUUGGUUAACCAUCCUGUCAAAGGCAUAUACUUCAUGGUUUGCGGCACUCCUAAGAGCCUAGUAAUAACAAUCAUGAGUUACAUGCAAACUGUGAGGAUUGGAGUAGGAGUUGAAAAGGGCCUCAUAGACUCACAGAAGCUGACCUCAUGCAUCAAGAAUGCUUUUGAUCUGGCGUACGAGGCAGCUUCAAAGAGCCAAUAAAAAGAACUUCAAACAGCAUAAAGUUUAUCCUCAAGGUGCUGAUUUGGGAAUGAUGCAACUCACCUCAUAUAUAUGACAUUUCAGGCCUUGCAAUUCUUUGCUCUAUUCAUCAGCAAUUACUAUGUCAUGUCUAGUCUAGUAAGAGGAGUGCAUUUGGAUCCUUUUCUAAGAAACUUUUAAGAAAAAAAAAAAAAAAAAAAAAAAAGUGGUUCAUGGCUAUAUGCCUAUAUAUAUGUACACUUCUCCUUGUAUCAGUGUGGCAUUAUGCGUAAUUCAUUGUCAUGAAUGACAUUUUGGAAGAGGAACUGUAAUAGCAUAAUCGAUAAUUACAUGAAAUCCUCAAUGUUAUAUGCUA